ACAGAGCAAGUGAAGAUGAAUGCCAGAGGACUUGGAUCUCAGCUGAAGGACAGUAUUCCAGUUACUGAACUUUCAGCAAGUGGACCUUUUGAACAGCAUGAUCUUCUUCGAAAAGGUCUGCCUUGUGUGAAAAAUGAACUUUUGCCCAGUCAUCCUCUUGAAUUAUCAGAAAAAAAUUUCCAGCUCAACCAAGAUAAAAUGAAUUUUUCUACAUUAAGAAACAUCCAGGGUCUGUUUGCUCCACUAAAAUUACAAAUGGAAUUCAAGGCAGUGCAGCAGGUUCAGCGUCUUCCAUUUCUUCCAAGCUCAAACCUUUCAUUGGAUAUUUUAAGGGGUAAUGAUGAGACUAUUGGAUUUGAAGAUAUUCUUAAUGACCCAUCACAAAGUGAACUAAUGGGAGAACCACACUUGAUGGUGGAAUAUAAACUUGGUUUACUGUAAUCUGUUGUGCUGUUCAUGAAAAUAGAGGGGCUGCAUGUUGUUUAUAGUCAUCUUUUUACUAUAAUUUGAUGUGUACAGCAUUAAAAGUACUGACACAUGAUAAUUUUUGCCUAAAUAGUAUUUGUGAUCAUUUGAAAUGAUUUAGUCUUUGGUUUAUGGCCAUGUGACAAUUGAAGCACUAAAGGAAGAUGAUUUUAAAACUCCCAAUUUAUAUGAAAACAAUAGCCUUCUAUAUGUCUUUCAAAAAUUGUUGUUAAUGAGUAUUUUAAAAUUGUACAGGUUUCAAUCCAGCCUGUUUUCUGGGUAUCCCAUAAAUUUAAUUUUGAUUACCAUUAUCAGCAUUUGAGUCUACAACCUUCAUAGUAGCAUCUCAGAAUAAAUAUCUGUAAUUGAUUUCAGUGGUAACACUUCAAAUUAAGUACAGAGUAGGGUAUUUAUAUUUUACCUUGUUUCACUAUAGCCUGUUGAUACUUAUAAGAAAAAUACUGGGUUUAUUGAUGCUAUUUUAGAAUUGUAGCUAUUUGAUUCUUUCAAUUUGAAAAGUAUAAGUUCAAAGGUUUUGAUUUUGGUCUUGUCUUUAAAAUGAAAAAUCAACCAGCAUA